AUGGGAUCCAACGUUGAGCUGGUAUGGCCAGAGUCAGAGGCAUAUUCCUCACGGGUGAACAACUGCUCACAUGCAAAUUCAGCCCUAGCUGUAAUUCGAGCGAAGUUGAGUGCCGAACAAUUAGAACAAUUCAAGACAUCAUGCUUUGGCCAUCUUCUGAAUAUAGAUAAGAUUCAGUUUAGCGGGCAGAUUGUGCAUGGGGUUGUGUUGCGUAGAGUAGCGGGGCAGGGUGUGAAAGACUUGGAUGGACUGAGUUUCUUAAUAGGGUGCGACGUUGCUCAGUUCACUCGUCAGGAUUUCUGUUUGAUCUCAGGGCUUCGUUUUGGGGAAGUUCCUGAAGUUUCCAGUGGAGAAAGUGAUGAAAUUAGACUUCAGAAAAGAUAUUUUAUAGACGAAGGAAUUACAUGUAAUGCUUUAGAAGAAGCAUUUAUGAGGUGCACAGAGGAAGAUGACAUCUACAAGCUAGCUCUUGUUUACUUUGCUGAGUUAGUGGUUUUGGGAAGGGACAAACAUUUGAACAUUAAUCUAAAUUACCUGACCCUUGUAGAGGACUUGGAUGCGUUCAACAGGUAUCCAUGGGGUUCGGUGUCAUUUGACAAAACCCAAGACAGUCUGUUUUCUGCACCAACAAAGUAUGUGAAAAGCUUUGAAAAUGAAGAGGGAAGAGGGAAGGGGAAAAGUAAGGUAACCGGAACAAGGCGGAGAAAUGAGAAGGGCAAGAAGGAUAACCAUGGUGAAGUGCAAAAGGGUGACUGGAGUUUUAAAGGUUUCACGUAUGCUUUCCAGAAUCACAUCCAUACUUGCUUUGCGGAUAAUAAAAGGAAAAAAGAGCAAGUUGGGUGGAAAAUUAGAACCAGUUUAGUGAACGUUGUAAAUGGCAAGGUUCCGGCUUGUGGAUUGGAUUGGCAGAACACGUAUAAGGUGUAUGUACCUUGUAUGUUGCAAAAAUAUAAGCAUUGGGUGGCUCUAGAGAUUGAUCUGAUUCAGUGUGAAAUCAAAGUCUACGAUUCAAUGGUUUCACUCAUUCCAGAUCAGAGCUUAAAGGAAGAACUCGGCCCCCUGUCAAUUACGAUUCCAAAUCUUCUGCACACCCUCGACUUUUAUGAAGAAGGUGUUUACGCGAACGAGUGCACCCGAGAUUGGUGGUGUCCAUGGCCAAUACAUCGUGUGGAUGUUCCACAACAGGCUAAUCAAGGCGAUUGUGGUAUGUUCGUGUUGAAGUACAUUGAGCUGUUGAGUGCUGAGAUUCCCUUAGCUACUUGCACCUCGCAGAACAUGCCAUUUUUUCGGUUGAAGUUGGCUGCAGAAAUUGCACGGGGAGAUGCUUACAAGCCAUGAUAUUGGUUGAACUUGGUUUAGGCACAUGAUGAUUAAAUAGGUUUUGGGAAUGUCCAAUUUCAAAGUCAUGUAAAUACA